UUUUCACCCGGGAUGCGUUUGCGGCCGGUGCCAGGGAGCGGGCUGCCUCCGUGGCUGCUGACCUCCGUUGCAGAUCCAGCUCCCUGUUCCAUCUUUCCCCCGUCGCUGCUACACUUGACUGGUCUCAGAAACAAAAACGAAAAGAAUACACAAAUCCUGAAGAGCCUGUGGGUGUGGACCGUUCAUCAGUAAAGUGGAGACAUGACCUUGAGAUUUGGUUCAGACCUAGCAAUGCCGGGGCCUUCUCAAGUCUGAUGUUCCAGGACUUCAGUGCCUGUUGGUGUGAACGGAGGACACAGGGCUCCGACCAUGGUCACACUCAUCACGGAGAAGCUGCAGAGCCAGAGCCUGGAUGACCUCACCUGUAAGGCCGAGGCUGGCCCGUAUUCUGCUGAAACCCUGAGCAAGAGUGGUCGUCUCUUUCCUUUGGAGCUCCAUGACCAGAGUCCCUGGAAGGUCUUAGGUGGAGGACGGCCUGUCGGGAGCCAGGCAGCCGUGGGCCCUGAUUUCUCCUUCCUGCCGGGCCUGUCUGCUGCGCACACCAUGGGUCUCCAGUGGCGGCCAGAGUCCCCGGGCCUAGGUGCGGGCCUGGGUGCAGUCAGCACCGUAGACCCCAGUGAAGGCACAGGGCCGUCCACGGCGCCGCCCACCAAGCGUCAUUGCCGGUCCCUGUCAGAACCUGAGGAGCUGGUGCGCUGCCGGUCCCCCUGGCGCCCCGGUGGCUCCAAGGUCUGGACUCCAGUCUCCAAGAGGCGGUGCAACAGUGGUGGGAGCGCCACGCUGCAGGGAAGCCCGGGUGCCGUUCUGCUGAGGAGUACCCUGUGGUUGGCCAGCCCCACCUUAUCUGCCACGCCCCGGCCGUCGUCUGCCAGCAGCGGCUUCGUGGACAGCAGCGAGGGCAGUGUAGGCUCAGGUCCACCUUGGUGUUCCACAGAGCCCUGCUUGCUCUCCGUGAGGCGCCGCCUGUCCCUCUCACAGGAGCAACUCGCAGGCGCGGGCACCCCCCUGCCCUCGGCCAGCAGCAGCCCCACGUCCACCCCUGAGCUGGGCCGGCCCCGCGGGCUGCUCCGCUGCCGCUCACAGCCAUGUGUGCUCAGUGGGAAGAGGAGCCGGCGCAAACGGAGGCGCGAGGAGGACGCUAGGUGGACGCGCCCAUCUUUGGACUUCCUGAAAAUGACACGGACUUUAAAAAAUUCAAAAAGCCUUUGUUCCCUCAAUUACGAAGAUGACGACGAGGAUGACUCCCCAGUGAAGACGGUUCUGACCGCUCCAUGUGACUCGCGGGGCCUCCCGGCCAUUGCCAUGUCUGGCUGCAGCCAGAGGGGCUGCAGGACCAGCCCCGGCCGGUGGGCCUCGAGGGAGUCUGUGGCCGGUGAUGGCUCCAGCAGGAACAACGGGGACCCCAGUGAUGGGGACAGCGCCGGGGAGGAGGGUGUCUUCCCCCGGGCCCGAGAGGAGCUGGACCUGGAGCAGAUAGAGAAGAACUGAGGCUGGGGGGAGCUGUUUGGGGCAGCGGGUGCCGCCCCCACCUGCCCUGGUGCACAGAGUAGGCCUCACGCUACUUUGAACACUGAGGCAUGAUUUUCAUUCCGCUUUUCCUAAAGAAGUAUUUUGCAUUUUUAUGGCUUUUGCAGUUCGGGAGAGAGCUUCUCUAUUUUGGAUGCAUUUCAGAAGGGCGUUCUAUUAAACAUGAAUCUGCAAAUAGAUUAGCACGGGUCUGUGUUCCUCAUGAAAAGCCUGCCAUGCAGGGCGCCUUGCGUGCUUUAGUUGCUGGGAAAGCCCAGGCCUGGUGGUGAGGGCCCCGCUGGCCCUGUGCGUCCCUCCCUCCAGAGGGUCACGACGCUUGGGGCUUGUGCCAGGGCAUCUGUGCCCGUGAAUCUUGUCACCCACAUGCCAGUGAACUGCCAGCUGUGGCUGCCUGGCUUUCCACUGGUAACGGGGAGACCAUUUGGGGCAAGCCGAGCUGCCAUGAGUCCAUGGUUCCUGUGGCCUGGGAAGGCCUGGGCGCCUUUGGGUGGGGUGUGGCGCCAGGCCUUUGGGAAGGCCGUCCUGCUGGCAGCACCCACUCUGUGAAUUUAAUAAAAGGCGCUUGCUAUGCACUAUGA